CUGCAUUCUUCGAACUUUCCCUCGUUUUUCCACAGUUUCGAGGAGAGAGAUCUCGCGUUUUCGCGAUCUUUMUUUUCUUCAGAUGAGGGUACAAUCCGUGGUUCUUUGGAAUUUCUCUCCUAAAAAUUUGAUCUUGUCGUUGAUAACGAGGUUGGAGAAGAAGCUUCUGUUUUAUUUGAUCUUCGUUACCAAUUUGAUAUGCUUUGAAUGAUUUUCUUGAUAUAGCUCCAGCAGUCUCAGCAUUUCUAACUACUAAACUUGUAUCUUGGGCAUCUAAGAGAUGGCUGAGGAUGGUCACAAAGUGUCUUUGAAUGUUUAUGAUUUAAGCCAAGGGCUUGCUCGUCAGCUCUCCAGUACAUUCUUAGGGAAAGCGAUUGAUGGCAUUUGGCACACAGGCAUAGUAGUAUAUGGUAAUGAAUAUUACUUUGGAGGAGGGAUCCAAAACUCUCCAGUUGGAACAACACCAUAUGGGACUCCAAUUCGGGUGGUGGAGUUGGGCGUGACUCAUGUGCCCAAGGAUCUCUUUGAGCAGUAUUUACAGGAUAUCAGUCCUCGAUACACAGCUGAAACCUACAGUUUGCUGACACAUAACUGCAAUAACUUCAGCAAUGAGGUUGCCCAAUUUUUAGUGGGUGCUUCUAUUCCUGACUACAUCCUGCAGCUUCCUAAUGAGGUUAUGAGCAGCCCAAUGGGUGUUCUUAUAUUGCCCAUGAUACAGCAAUUGGAGGCAACUUUGAGGGUUGGUGCUGUCCCACAAGCUCCUCGGUUUAGACCUACCUUGGUGGAGUCCUCCCAGAAGACAUCGGCCGUCAACUCAGACGGUAGCACCAACAUGCCUACAAGGGAACCAACCAACAAUGAUACAAAGGUCCCUUCGAAAACAGAUGAAAAUGUGUCUGUAGAUUCUGGAAGGACUUCACAGGAGGUUCUCAGUUCUACCAACCAACCUACUGCCAAAUCAGCUGGAACAAAGGUCAAUGGGGUUCCCGGGGAUCCUCUUGGGGAUGCCCGGAGCAAGGUGCAGGAGGAAAUAAGCAGUGAAUUUGCUGCAAUUAUGGCUACUGGAACACUUCGAGCGAGCGAGGCAGCUGCACUUGCUACUAGAAGAGUGAUGGAAAGACAUGGGAGAUUGAACGUCGUCUAAAGGAACAGAGAAGAUCCUUAUAGAGAGCAAAAAAAUGCAAAAUUUACAUGCUGUGUCUCGGUAAUUGGUGACAUGGCACACAAAAAAAAAUUCAUUUUUCUCUUUUCAUCAUGUUCCGAAUUUUCUCUAAAAAAUUGACAAGGUGGAUUUUGUAUUACAAAUUAAAUCCAUAAACAGUUCUUGCCCAUUGUCAUCCCUUAAUUCUCAAGACAAAACUAGUAAUUUUAUUGUUGAGGAUAGAUACAUACAUAAAUGUAGAUGGACAGGCAUACUUAUGUAAUGUUCCUUUCUCA